AUGCCCAAACAACCAGCAGCGCCAACAACCCUCCUCCCCCUUAUCAUCCUCCUCAUCCUCCUCUCAAGCCCCCUCACCGCCGCCAAAAGAAACAAAGGAGGGAACCAAGACAAUGAAUCCUCCAACUGCAAAUUCACCUGGAACAAACAACCACCUUCAGAACAAAAUUCCGCCCCCUUCCGCGUCACCCCAGCCAAGACAUGUCCAGCCAACGAGGGCUGCUCGCUGGUCUCCCCAGGCCAUGAAACAUACCUCGCAAACGUCAACGCCUCGGGUCUGGCGACAAGCACUGUCGUGGACGCCGUGGCGGAGACCGUGCCCAGGGACAUGAUUCGGGGCGAUGGGUUUAAUCACAGCGUUAGGGGGUCUGUUGAGAAUACCUACCCAAUGCGCGCGGGGCAGUCGGGGUAUCUGAAUGUGACAAUCAAGAGGCAGUGUUUUACUGGGACGGUGGAGGGCUGUGCGAGUGAUGGUGGUAAUGGUCAUGGUGAAAAUGGGACGUUCGUUCGGGUCUGUGCACCGAUUUGGGAGGCUGAUGGGGAUGGAGUCCGGUUUCCGCUUAAGGAGUGGACGGUUCAGAAUGUUAGUGCUGAUGAUGUGGAUAAGUAUUCUUCUGAUCCGUAUCGUGGUAUUGAGGAGGCGGAAGAUGACGAUAGUGUGGAUGGGGUGCCGGUUGGAAUUGGGGAGAUUGCUAGGAUGAAUGUUGGUUUAUUGGUGGGUUUGGUUGGGCUGGUGGCUGUUCUGAUGAUUUAG